AUUCUUGAACUCUCAAAUUUGGGGUUGUUUCUGAAGCAACACCCCCUGCUCCCAGCCUCACACUGCCCAAGAAAUCUCCCUUCUCUGAAUAGAAGACUGGUCUGGAUUCUAGGAAGUUGGGGUUCAGGAACAUGGUCCAUGGCAGGAUAUGGAAUUUGGAAAAAUCAUAAGACCUAUCCAUAUGGGGUGAAGAUGCAUUAGACUUGUGUUUGGACAAUUACCCAGAGUUAAAAAUGAGGAUGAAGAUACCCAGGAAUCAGCAUUUCAUUCUGAUGGAAAUUCUGCCUUCAGAGUCCACGUACCAGUACUGCUGUGAACUCUUCUAUUUCUCCAUGAAGCCCCUGCAAUCAGUGGUAUUAAGGAUCUUCCAGCUCUACAACCCAGAACUGUGGGAGCAAUACAAAAGGCAGAAGGCAAUGAUGACAGUUCACAAGGCUGUUUCUACCUCCCUGGAAUAUCAUCUCUUUCAUGAAACCACCAUAAGACUCGAGCAUCUGGCAGCCAAUGGCCUGGACUCUAAAUUAAGCAGAUAUGCUGGCAUCUUGGGCUAUGGAACCUACUUCUCCUUGCAUGCUAAAACUGCCUCUUUGAUGAACUUGGUUUAUAACCCUGACUUUGGGCAUGUCAUAGUGCUAGCCAGAGUGCUGGUUGGAGAAAAUACUGUUGGGAGACCAGGCCUUCAGGCUCCACCCUUUAAGCCAGAUGGUCAGCAGUUUGAAUUUUGUGUGAACAACACAGAUAGGCCAACUCGUUUUGUCAUAUUCAAAGAAAAGUAUAGCUUCCCCCACUUCAUCAUCUUGUACAAGCAUUUCAGGGACUCAGUUCAUUUAGUUUUCUGAUUGGGAGAGGUGCUGGGGGAGUUAGUCAUGCCACCCCACACCCAUACACCCCCACCCCAGCCCCACCAUCCCCACAUACCACAAACUGCCCUGGCUUUUAGUCUUUUUUGGCUGUCAUUUUGAAGCCAACCCCUGUUUGGAGUAUUUUCCUUCAUUCUCUACCUCAUCAUGUUCUUCCUUGAUCAUUUCUCUUCAUUCUCUUUUCCUCUGUUGCUUCUGGUCUACUUUAGUCUCCAAGCAGGAUCCAGUGUAGUUGGUAGGUAGUAAGUAGCCUGAGUCUGAAUAUUUUGUGUCACUCACAGACUCGACUCCAUGAUUAAAUAUUUCACAUUAAAAUGUUUUUUUAAAUUGUUGACUCUCUAUGGCCUCAGUUCCUAAGAAGACUUGAUGUCUUGUCUUCUAGAUGCUGUUGACUCUUUAACCCAGUUCAACAACAUGCUUAGAGGGAGGACUGAUCUUUUUUUUUUUUUCCCAUUAAGGCUCAAAAUCUGCUUUGUAUCAAGUUUUGCCAGAGGCCUGAUCUCCUCUCUUACUGAAUCUUUGACUAAUUUUCUCUUGAAAGAGAACAGAAGAUCUUUCCCCCAUUUGUCACAUCUAGGUAUACAUUAAUUAGACACCUAGUUUGUGUGUGGAACAAAGCAUAGCUAGCAAUAAGCAUAAGUCUCUGUCCUCAAGAGGCUUAUAGCUUAGUUAUCACUGAAGAGUUACGAGGUUGGUUCACUCACUCGAUGAAUUUGAGUUCUUAAUUUGUUAAUGAGAUAUAACAAAAAUGUUUAUUUCCAUAAAAUUAAAACUGGGUAAAACUGGAUACAGCCACUCUUGUCUUGUUCUGCUGUUAGAAAUCAGUGAGUAGGACAAAGGCUAAGCUUUGCUUAGAGUGUGCAUGCUUAAUAAGCUCAUGAAUACUAACUUCUCCACUUCCAGGCAGGGCUAAGACGCCAUUUUUUAAACAUUCGAUGUAUGUAGAAGGAGGAAGGACAUGUUAAGGAGCAGAUGUGUAAUAGGUGGGCUGGAAAGUUGUACACUCUGUAGUACUCAGCCAAUGAGCAAACAGAGGAGGGACUUUGCAGUCAGGAUUAGAAAUAGUGAACUUUUGCUUUGGUAGAUGUGUCUAUUCAAUAAGACAUCGGCUUUUAUAACUGCAUAAUAAACUGGGCUUUUAACUUCA